CAGCCCGGCCUGCGGCCCCAGCCCCUGCGCCGCUCGUUCGACCCGCGAUCGUCCUCCGGACCGUGCCCCCUUGGCCGCCUGGCCUGCCCGCGUGUGUGUUUUGAUCUGGGCCGGCCUCCGGGCCGUCCGUCCCCACUGGUCGGGCCAUGCCGAGUCGCCGCGUCGCCAGACCGUCCGCUGCGCCGGAGCUGGGAGCCUUGGGGUCCGCGGACCUCUCCUCGCUCUCGCUCGCCGUUUCCAGGACCACGGAGAUCAUCGACGAGUACAUCAAGGAGAACGGCUUCGGCCUGGAGGGGGCGCCGCCGGGCCCGGGCGAGGGGCUGCCGCGCCUCGUGCCUCGCGGGGUGGCCUCCCUGAGCACCGUCACCCUGGGCCCCGCGGCGCCCCCGCCCCCGGCCACGCCACCGGCCUGGAGCUGCCCCCUGGGGCGGCUCGUGCCCCCGGCGCCGGGCCCCGGGCCGCGACCGCACCUGGUCAUCACCGAGCAGCCCAAGCAGCGCGGCAUGCGCUUCCGCUACGAGUGCGAGGGCCGCUCGGCCGGCAGCAUCCUCGGGGAGAGCAGCACCGAGGCCAGCAAGACGCUGCCCGCCAUCGAGCUCCGGGAUUGUGGAGGGCUUCGGGAGGUGGAGGUGACUGCCUGCCUGGUGUGGAAGGACUGGCCUCACCGAGUCCACCCCCACAGCCUCGUGGGGAAAGACUGCACCGACGGCGUCUGCAGGGUGAGGUUACGGCCUCAUGUCAGCCCUCGGCACAGCUUUAACAAUCUGGGCAUCCAAUGUGUGAGGAAGAAGGAGAUUGAGGCUGCCAUCGAGCGCAAGAUUCAGCUGGGCAUCGACCCUUACAAUGCCGGCUCCCUGAAGAACCAUCAGGAGGUAGACAUGAAUGUCGUGAGGAUCUGCUUCCAGGCUUCAUACAGGGACCAGCAAGGACAGAUGCGCCGCAUGGACCCCGUGCUCUCCGAGCCUGUCUAUGACAAGAAGUCCACAAACACAUCAGAGCUGCGGAUUUGCCGAAUCAACAAGGAGAGUGGGCCGUGCACGGGUGGCGAGGAGCUCUACCUGCUGUGUGACAAGGUGCAGAAAGAGGAUAUAUCGGUGGUGUUUAGCAGGGCCUCCUGGGAAGGCCGGGCUGACUUCUCCCAGGCCGAUGUGCACCGCCAGAUCGCCAUUGUGUUCAAGACACCACCCUAUGAGGACCUGGAAAUCGUUGAGCCUGUGACCGUGAACGUCUUCCUGCAGCGGCUUACUGACGGGGUCUGCAGUGAGCCUCUGCCCUUCACGUACCUGCCUCGGGACCAUGACAGUUAUGGCGUGGACAAGAAGCGGAAACGGGGGAUACCUGACGUCCUUGGGGAGCUGAAGAGCUCGGACCCCCAUGGCAUCGAGAGCAAACGGCGGAAGAAAAAGCCAGCCUUCCUGGAUCACUUCCUGCCCAACCCCAGCUCAGGCCCGUUCCUCCCUCCAUCAGCUCUGCUGCCGGACACAGACUUCUUCUCUGGCACCGUGUCCCUCCCCGGCCUGGAGCCCCCCGGUGGGUCGGACCUUCUGGACGACGGCUUUGCCUACGACGACGCCACAGCCCCCACACUUUUCACCAUGCUGGACAUGCUGCCCCCUGCGCCGCCACUCGUCAGCGCUGUCACGGGCAAUGGGGCUGCAGGGCCCGCGGUUGGAGAUCCUUCCGGCUCCGAGCCAAUGACGCUGGACUCAUACCAGGCCCCAGGCCCCGGGGACGGGGGCACGGCCAGCCUUGUGGGCAGCAACAUGUUCCCCAACCAGUACCGGGAGGUGGGCUUUGGGGGAGGCCUUCUGUCUCCAGGGCCGGAGGCUACGUAGCCCCUAGGCAC